UUGGUCGUUCGUUGGAGAGAGUUCGUCCAGUGUUUCAGCUACUGCGGCUCUUUGGGCAGCAGCGGCGGCGCGGUGGUCGGAGAAGCGGCCUAAAACUUCGGCAUUAAGUAAAAGAAAAUGGCCCGAACCAAGCAGACUGCUCGUAAGUCAACGGGUGGGAAAGCGCCCCGCAAGCAGCUGGCCACCAAAGCGGCCAGGAAAAGCGCCCCCUCUACCGGCGGGGUGAAAAAACCUCAUCGCUACAGGCCCGGGACUGUUGCGCUUCGAGAAAUCCGUCGUUACCAGAAAUCCACCGAGCUUCUGAUCCGGAAACUGCCUUUCCAGAGGUUGGUGAGGGAGAUCGCCCAGGAUUUCAAGACCGACUUGAGGUUCCAGAGUGCCGCCAUCGGCGCGCUGCAGGAGGCUAGCGAAGCGUACCUGGUGGGUUUGUUUGAAGAUACUAAUCUGUGUGCCAUCCACGCUAAGAGAGUCACCAUCAUGCCCAAAGACAUCCAGUUGGCUCGCCGGAUACGGGGAGAGAGAGCUUAAGUGAAGGCAGUUUUUAUGGUGUUUUGUAGUAAAUUCUGUAAAAUACUUCGGUUUAAUUUGUGACUUUUUUUGUAAGAAAUUGUUUAUAAUAUGUUGCAUUUGUACUUAAGUCAUUCCAUCUUUCACUCAGGAUGACUGCGAAAAGUGACUGUUCACAGACCU